AGCCAAGCGUCUUUUCUUGACCUUGCACUCGCGAUGAUCCACUGGCCGUCACACGACUUGCUCUCUCUCUAGAUUUCCUUUGCCCAAACGGCAUUCAACGAAUUAAUAUUGCCAAUAAAACUCACCUUUUCUCCCCAUUCGCAACACGCUUUAUAUAUUUUUCAUGCUUCGUUUCAUAUGUCCAUGUGCUGUGCUGCUAUAAUUGACUACAGUCUGCCAUUAUAGCUCAGCGAACGUGUGUGCAUGUCCUCGAACAUUGAGCUCGUACCGCCGCUCAAGCGCUAUAUUUGACCUCGUCCAUGCAUUUGUUGUUUAUAAUAUCAGUCUUCCAUCGGUUAUUAAAUGUUCCUGGACCGUGGCACCACGUCUCGAAAUUCUUUAAUACCCCCAGAAGUAAAAAAACCACUCGUUGAAGGCAUUUUAACAUGCUGGCCCACCUUUUCCUCGCUGUGGCUUGCCCACUUGCAUCAUAUGCAGCCAUACCUAGCUUUCCACCAGGUCCCGCUUCCUCUUAUGCAGGUGCCACUUCAACAGCAGUUUGGCCUCCUCCAGGUGCAACGAACACUGCAAUCGACACCUAUUUCCCAGAUGCUUCCCAAGUAGGCUACCCCGGUCCCACUCCAACUGGAGAUGAGGCCGAGGCUAUCGCCACUGCCCCCAGUUUCACAAAAAUAAAAAGUGCUUUCCCUCUCGUAAAGUCUAACACCGCAGACAACAAAGGAGAAGAGUUCAAUAUGUUCGAUUAUUGGGGGAAUUUAUCUCCUCUCUAUUCGGUCAAGUCUUUUGGCUUGCCUGACGCGUCACCUUUGAUUCCUGAGGGUUGUGGCCUCAAUCAAGCUCACAUCAUCAUCCGUCAUGGUGCUCGUUAUCCCACCACCGGAUCAGGACCAUCCCAAUUCGCAGCUACGCUUCACUCUGUUGCCACUGGCAGUGGUUUCAAUGCAACGGGCAGUCUUGAAUUCUUGAACACUUGGACGUACAAGCUUGGCGCAGAGAUUCUGACACCUUUCGGCCGCGAAGGACUCUUUAACAAUGGUGUCGGUUUCAGGGUUAGAUAUGGUGAACUGCUCAAACGUUUCAACGACCUUCCUGUUUUCCGCACUACUUCAGAAGAUCGAAUGGUUGAUAGCGCACUAAACUUUGCUGCUGGUUUCUUCGAUGUCCGGACGUACCUAGAAGAUUACCACCAAGUGAUCAUCAUUGAGGCAGAUGGAUUCAAUAAUACUCUUGCGCCCUAUGACACCUGCAACAAUUCUAACAGUGACGCUAUUGGAUAUUACGGUUCUACUCAAUCAGAUAAAUGGGCGAAUAUAUAUCUCCAAUCUGCGCUGACGCGAUUGCAACCCAUGAUUCAGGGAGUGAAUUUGACAAUAUCGGAUUUGGGUAGCAUGCAGGAAAUGUGUGCAUACGAGACUGUUGCACUUGGCUACUCAAUGUUCUGUAAUCUGUUUACUGAAGAGGAAUGGAAAGGUUUUGAGUAUGCGAAUGAUCUUGAUUUCUGGUACAGUGAAGGACCAGGGCAACCUACAGCUGCUGCGAGCGGACUGGGAUAUGUGCAGGAGCUCGUGUCUCGCUUGACCCAGACUCCUAUCACCGAAUGGAACAGUACCACAAACAGUACUUUGGACAGUAACAACAUCACUUUCCCUCUGUAUCAGCCCAUCUUCGUCGAUGCUACGCACGAUGUGGUCAUUGCCAACAUUAUCACUGCUCUUAACUUCACCGUCCUGGCUGGGAAUGGUCCUUUGCCAACUGACCAUAUCCCCGAGAACCAGACAUAUAUCACCAGUCAAAUUGCUCCUUUCGCUAGCAACGUCGUAGCGCAAGUCCUGUCGUGUCCCGCUGCUGAAGAGCCUACACAUAUUCGCUUCAUCCUUAACGAUGGUGUCCUCCCCAUGACCGGUAUCGGAGGCUGUCCUGAGGAUAAGGAUGGGCUGUGUCCUCUGCCGACCUUCAUAAGCGCGAUGCACGAACGAAUUGGGCAGAUCGACUUCAACUAUGAUUGUUUCGCCAAUUACACGAUGCCCGACCCUGACGAUAUCAUCGACGGUCGGUACCCCGCGUGGCUCAGGAACUCCACCGCCUGAAUGCUGUCCGGCGAUGGUGUUUUAAAUUGAAAAAAUAUCUCAAUGUUCAUAUAGAGAAUGAAAAUCAGUGUCUUGGAAUUUUGCGUG